UUCUCGGCCAACAGCAGUGUCCACGUCACCUCGAAUGCUCCUGUCCGUCCGAUCUCCCAUCCAGCCAUAGUAAAGACUUGAAACCCACAAGCCAUAAGCUCCCAAACCCUCCUGUCAGCUCGGCUCUCCCUCCGGCGAGGCCACCAUGCUCGCCGCCGCUCGCUCCCUCCGCCGCCUCUCCACUUCCUCUUCAUCCUCCGUCCGCGCCCUUCGCCGCGUCCUCCUGCACCAUCCACCAUCCCCGCCCUCACUUCCGCCUCCUCUCCCGCCUCUCCGAACCCUUACGCGCGCCUUCCUCCCGCACCUCGCAGCUACCCACGGGCUCUCCGCUGCUUCCUUCUCUACCUCCGCCCCAUCACGCCUAGGAGAACGUGUUGACGUGCGGGGAGCGCCGGCGAUACCCGAGGAGGAGGAGGGGGAGGAGACGGCGGGGGCGUUGGUGCGGCAUGACACGGAUGCGUACGCGGCGGUGGAGCUGGCUCUGGACUCAGUGGUGAAGGUGUUCACGGUGUCCAGCAGCCCCAACUACUUCUUGCCAUGGCAGAAUAAGGCGCAGCGGGAGAGCAUGGGAUCCGGGUUUGUAAUUCCUGGAAGAAGGAUCGUGACGAAUGCGCAUGUGGUAGCUGAUCAUACUUUUGUUCUUGUGAGGAAGCAUGGUUCUCCUACUAAAUACAGAGCAGAAGUCCAAGCUGUUGGUCAUGAAUGUGACUUGGCUCUGUUGACAGUUGAGAGUGAGGAGUUUUGGGAUGGGGUGAACAGUUUGGAGCUUGGUGACAUCCCCUUUUUGCAAGAAGCCGUCGCUGUGGUUGGCUACCCUCAAGGUGGAGAUAAUAUUUCUGUCACCAAGGGGGUUGUAUCUAGAGUUGAACCAACACAAUAUGCCCAUGGUGCUACGCAGCUUAUGGCUAUACAGAUAGACGCAGCCAUAAAUCCAGGUAAUAGUGGAGGGCCUGCCAUUAUGGGUGAUAAAGUAGCCGGAGUUGCUUUCCAGAAUUUGUCAGGGGCGGAAAACAUUGGUUAUAUCAUACCGGUGCCCGUAAUUAAGCGUUUCAUUUCUGGAGUAGAAGAGAGCGGUAGAUAUUCUGGGUUUUGUACUCUUGGAGUAUCUUGCCAGGCUACUGAAAAUAUUCAGUUAAGAGAGUGCUUUGGGAUGCGGCCUGAAAUGACUGGAGUUUUAGUUAGUAGAAUAAACCCUCUAUCUGAUGCUUACAAGAUUUUGAAGAAGGAUGACAUCCUUCUUGAGUUUGAUGGUGUGCCUAUCGCAAAUGAUGGCACAGUUCCAUUCCGGAAUAGAGAGAGAAUCACCUUUGAUCAUCUGGUGUCCAUGAAAAAACCUGAAGAAACAGCUGUUCUCAAAGUAUUACGAGAUGGUAAAGAGCAAGAAUUGAGAGUAACACUUAGACCUCUGCAACCUUUAGUCCCAGUCCAUCAAUUUGAUAAAUUACCGAGCUACUACAUAUUUGCUGGUUUUGUUUUUAUCCCAUUUACCCAGCCUUAUCUCCAUGAAUUUGGAGAAGACUGGUAUAAUGCCUCACCACGCCGAUUAUGUGAACGGGCACUAAGAGAGCUUCCAAAGAAGGCUGGUGAACAAUUAGUUAUCCUAUCUCAGGUUCUAAUGGAUGAUAUCAAUGUCGGUUAUGAAAGGCUUGCUGAACUACAGGUAAAGAAGGUAAAUGGUGUGGAGGUUGAAAACCUGAAGCACCUGUGCAGCCUCGUGGAAGGCUGCACCGAAGAAAACUUAAGGUUUGACUUGGACGAUGAAAGAGUCAUUGUCCUGAAGUACCAGAACGCAAAGCUUGCCACAUCCCGGGUCCUCAAACGGCACAGGAUACCGUCAGCCAUAUCGAGUGACCUUGUCGAAGAUGAACCAACUAAUGGCGAGGUUGAGACAUCAUGCACCAGCUAAUGCGGGCCUCUUUUUAGACCUAGUUAGGGAGUUCCCCGAUGAAGCACGGUUCAAGGAGCGAGCUGCAUUGUUGGCGUGGCAAGCGCAUCCACCUGAAGUACAUGGCUUCACUUGCUCCCUUUUGGGCGGCUUCAGUUUUUUGACGUAAGGAGUAAGAUUAUGAGCUCCGGAGCUUUUCGGCCUGAAUGUAACAGUAACGUAAUCAUUCUUUUUUAUUUUUACUAAACAUUCAUUUUUGCCAUCGUUGGCAUGGCGCACCCACAUGGUCUGUAUCAUCAGGAAACAUAUGUACAGCACAGGAAAAAAUAAUGUUUGAAAAGGAAAAGAGUUGCAGCUCAAUA